AUGGCCACUCUUCAGACUGUUCGUCGCUGGAUCAUGACCGGCGCUGUUGCUGCCAUUACCGUCACCGGGACCAUCUACGGCGCGGGACUGAAGGGACAACAGGAGCUUAAGCAGCAAAAACGCCAGAUCCUCCAAGCCACACCGGAAGAGCGAAUCGCCCAGCUCGAGGUCACGCGCGCCAAUCUAGUACUAAAGAGAAAUGAAAUGGAGAGGAAGAUUGCCAUGAUUGCGGAGAAGAGGAGGGCAAAAGCAGAGGGGCAGACGGAUGGCAGAUGA